CUGGGGCCAGCGGUGCCAAGCGCAGCUGGACCCGCGGCCGCAGCUGGGCGAGUGACAGCCGGGCUCAGCGCAGAGCCGGCGCAGGGGAAGCGCCCGCGGGCCCGGGCGGCGGCAGCGACCGGCUCCUCCCGCGCCUUCCGGGCCGGCAGCCGGCGGUCCCGCGGCCCCGGGGCCCGCACCUCUCGGGCUCCCGCUCCCCGCGCGCAAGAUGGCUGACCCGGCUGCGGGGCCGCCGCCGAGCGAGGGCGAGGAGAGCACCGUGCGCUUCGCCCGCAAAGGCGCCCUCCGGCAAAAGAACGUGCACGAGGUGAAGAACCACAAAUUCACCGCCCGCUUCUUCAAGCAGCCCACCUUCUGCAGCCACUGCACCGACUUCAUCUGGGGCUUUGGCAAGCAGGGUUUCCAGUGUCAAGUUUGCUGCUUUGUUGUGCACAAGCGGUGCCAUGAAUUUGUCACAUUCUCUUGCCCUGGAGCUGACAAGGGACCAGCCUCUGAUGACCCCCGGAGCAAACACAAGUUUAAGAUCCACACCUACUCCAGCCCCACAUUUUGUGACCACUGUGGGUCAUUGCUGUAUGGACUCAUCCAUCAGGGGAUGAAAUGCGAUACCUGCAUGAUGAACGUCCACAAGCGCUGCGUGAUGAACGUCCCCAGCCUCUGUGGCACUGAUCACACAGAACGCCGCGGCCGCAUCUACAUCCAGGCCCACAUCGACAGGGACGUCCUCAUUGUUGUUGUAAGAGAUGCUAAAAACCUUGUACCCAUGGACCCCAAUGGCUUGUCAGAUCCCUAUGUAAAACUGAAACUGAUUCCUGAUCCUAAAAGCGAGAGCAAGCAGAAGACCAAAACCAUCAAGUGCUCCCUUAACCCUGAGUGGAACGAGACAUUUAGAUUUCAGCUGAAAGAAUCAGACAAAGACAGAAGACUGUCCGUGGAGAUUUGGGAUUGGGAUCUGACCAGUAGGAAUGACUUCAUGGGGUCUUUGUCCUUUGGGAUUUCUGAGCUGCAGAAAGCUGGUGUUGACGGAUGGUUUAAGUUACUGAGCCAGGAGGAAGGCGAGUACUUCAACGUGCCUGUGCCGCCGGAAGGAAGCGAGGGCAAUGAAGAGCUGCGGCAGAAAUUUGAGAGGGCCAAGAUUGGCCAGGGCACCAAGCCUCCAGAAGAAAAGACGACUAAUACCGUCUCCAAAAUUGACAACAAUGGCAACCGAGACCGGAUGAAACUGACUGAUUUUAACUUUCUGAUGGUGCUGGGGAAAGGCAGUUUUGGCAAGGUCAUGCUGUCAGAACGAAAGGGCACAGAUGAGCUCUAUGCUGUGAAGAUCCUGAAGAAGGACGUGGUGAUCCAGGACGAUGAUGUAGAGUGCACCAUGGUGGAGAAGCGGGUGCUGGCCCUACCGGGGAAGCCACCAUUCCUGACCCAGCUGCACUCCUGCUUCCAGACCAUGGACCGCCUGUACUUCGUGAUGGAGUAUGUGAAUGGGGGUGAUCUUAUGUACCACAUUCAACAGGUUGGCCGAUUCAAGGAGCCUCACGCUGUAUUUUACGCUGCAGAAAUUGCAAUCGGUCUAUUCUUCUUACAGAGCAAGGGCAUCAUUUACCGGGACCUAAAACUUGACAACGUGAUGUUGGACUCUGAGGGCCACAUCAAGAUUGCUGACUUUGGCAUGUGUAAGGAGAACAUCUGGGAUGGGGUGACAACCAAGACAUUCUGUGGCACUCCAGACUACAUUGCCCCCGAGAUAAUUGCUUACCAGCCUUAUGGGAAGUCUGUGGACUGGUGGGCAUUCGGAGUCCUGCUGUAUGAAAUGUUGGCUGGGCAGGCCCCAUUCGAGGGAGAAGAUGAGGAUGAACUUUUCCAGUCCAUCAUGGAACACAACGUGGCGUAUCCAAAGUCUAUGUCCAAGGAAGCUGUGGCCAUCUGCAAAGGGCUGAUGACCAAGCACCCAGGCAAACGUCUGGGCUGUGGACCUGAAGGCGAACGUGACAUCAAAGAGCAUGCAUUUUUCCGGUAUAUCGAUUGGGAGAAACUUGAACGCAAAGAGAUCCAGCCUCCCUAUAAACCAAAAGCUUGUGGGCGAAAUGCUGAGAACUUCGACCGAUUUUUCACCCGCCAUCCACCAGUCCUAACACCUCCUGACCAGGAAGUCAUCAGGAAUAUUGACCAAUCAGAAUUCGAAGGAUUUUCUUUUGUUAACUCUGAAUUUUUAAAACCCGAAGUCAAGAGCUAAGUAGAUGUGUAGAUCUCCGUCCUUCAUAUCUGUCAUUCAAGCUCAACAGCUGUUGUGGUGACAUUUUUUUUCAUUGCCAAGUUGCAUCAUGUUUUGUUUUCUGAUGAGCCUAGAGUGACCAUGUUUCGGAUCCCAAAUGUCCUCAGAUAGUUUGGAGCAUCUCUACGAGAUGGAAUUAUGCAGGUAACCUACCGAAAAUACUGCUGCAUAAUUGAGACAUUAUCAAAGUCUUUGUGUCCCCAGCAUGUCAGCUAAGUUGAUCCAGUGGGGAAAGAAAAAUGCCUGCUUUCUUUCCCUCAUUUUCUGCACUGCUAUAUUCACCCCGUCAUCCAGUCUAGGUUCUUUCCUGCAAAAUGGGUGGAUGAAUCAGAUGCUUCCCCUUCCAGGCUUGGAACUUGGCUUAUAUCCAGGUAUUGGUUGCUUUGCCCUGAAGGGAAUCUCUUCACUUUGCCUGUUCUGGAGGCAGCAGAGCUUUGAAAAGAGCAUGCUAAAAAUAAAAUUUUAUUUUUGUUUUUUAACUCAAAGUUAAGAAGCUUAUCUAAGUCCUUCUAAAAUUUCAAUAGUUUUUUAGACAGUUACAAUAUAAAAACACUUCCAAGAGUCAGAAGGCAACCAGCUUGGGUACUAUGCCCCUCCAAACGCACACACACUGUAAUUCCUGAUGCUAUAUGUUCCUGGUCACCCUUGCCCCCAAACUACUCCAAGAGGACAUUUGGCUAUUCUCCGAAAUAACAUGAUCACUCUAGAAGGUCCCCAAGGGCCAUGGUUUUACAUUACAUUUCAAUCUUUAUUUGCUUUGAGGUUUUAUUUCUGUUCAAAUGCAAAAAAAAGUUCUCACAUUGUUACACAUGCUUUAAAAUAUAUGUCCAAAUGUUAUUAACCAUAAUGACCUGCUGUGUUUCAACCAAGAAGAUAGCUGUGGAUCCCAGCAGGCUCAUACCUGUUGGGAGAUGAUUUGUCUAGGUUUGUCACUGGCUUUGAAAAACUAAUUAAGUGCUCUGAGAAAGACAGCAUCUCUUGAAACAAAGACGGUUGUAUUCUUCACUUUGAUGUUGUUUUGUAAGAUGUUUCUGGAAAUGUUCAUUUGUAUCUGGAUAUCUGUUAUAUGCCAUUUUUCUUCUAGCAUCAAGAUACAAUAAAAAGAGAAAGAAAAGAAGAAAUCUAUUUCAAGGAAAACUACUCUCUUUGAAAAAUGUGGACCCAAACUACAAAGUAGGGCCUGAGGAAGGAACUUGGGAGAAAAGAACUAAAUCCAGAGCUCAAAUUCAGCUCCAGUGGUCCAUCAUAGAGGAAGGGGCUGUGGACUAUUCAGGGACUCCUGGUGGCCUGCAAUGAGGUGGAGUGACCUGGCUGGGGUUCUGACACUGUCAGAGCUCAAAGCCCGCAUUUCUCACCAGAGUCAAGUUCAGCAGCCAGCUAGGCAUGGCUGAGGCUCUUGAUUUUUCUCAUCAGAGUCACCAUUUCUCCCAGCUUGGGUUAAUUAUUCUUUCUAGUAAGCAACUUUGUGAGCUCCCACAAGCCUGAGACAACACCUUGGGUAGGAGAAAUGUCACUUCUGUCUGGAUGAAUGGGACAGCAGGUGACCCCUCAGCCUUCCCUAUUGCUUUCUGCUAGUUGGAGCCCUGCAGAGAAUUCUUAUCACAGCUCUAGAGAGUUUUAGAAGCUUCAGGGCUCCUGAGAGAUCAUCAAGGGAAUGAUCUUGACAAAAGAUCAAGAACUUGACAAAUAUGUUCAAAAACGUCUCAUCUUUUAGACAACAAUGCCUCUGGUUUCUGCUUGGCCAAAGUGCCUCAAAGUUCUUUCUUUUCUGUCCCCACAUUUCACCUUGCUUCAGGCUUGGGGACCAUCCCCUGGCUGCCAUUGUGGUAGUGAUCUGGACCUAAGGUGGAAGACAGUUGAAGUCUUACCUGACAAGCUUAGGAGGCUAAAGGAGAAAGGAAAUCAGGGCAAAAUCCCCUCGUUUGAUUACUGGGGAAACUAGCAUCUGGAGAGGGGAAGAGACUUGCCCAUGCUCUGUUGUUUAAGAUCCAAGCCUGGGUAUCCGGCCCCUUGGUACAGGACUCUUUCUGCUCUGGAACAACAUGACCAGAACCUUGGAGUUAUGCCCACCACCUAGCCAGUUAUUUGAGAUCCUUCACCUUCCUGUUGGAUCAUGAGACCUUUCUUGGAAAUGAUUUUGAGAUAAAAGUCAUGAGGAAACAUUGUGUCAUUGACCAAUGAUCUGAGACAACCUUAGAACAUAAUAUAGGAUGGAUAGACAGAUAAACAGAUACAUAGAUGCAAUAUAGUGGAUAUAUAUAUAUAUAUAUAUAUAUAUAUACAAUAUAAUAUAAUAUAUAUCACUCUAAAUUUUUCAAAUUCUUGCCAUUAUUUUUCAAGUGUCAUAGUUUGCAGAAAUAGAAACUCAAGCCAAAGUCUCUGUUCUUCUAGUAUAGUUUGCUGAAGGGUGGUCAGAUGAGCCUUUUGUGGAAGUAAAGAAUCAUUAGUCAGACUUCCUACUGUUUCUUAUCUAUCAACCUUUAUAGUUCAGAGGAAACCAAGAAACAGAGCUUUCAUCAUAUAUAAUCUCUGAAGAAUACAAAUUUAUUCAGGAAGAAAAAAAAUUUAAUUUAAUUUUGCAAGCAUCCAUUUAUUCCACCAUCCAUUCAUUCAGCUAGCAUUUAUUGAGCACCAAGUGUGUGCCAGGCUGAAUGCCAGCAGCACGGUAAAAAGUAAUAAAGAUGCAAUUCAUCCUCUUCCUCUGCUUCCCCCAGUGUACUGUUUGGUGGAAGGCCAUUCAUUACACAAGUAUUUAAAAGCAUGAUGUGGUCUAGAGAGAACAUUUCUGGGGUAGGCAGGCAUAACUUCUUAACAAAAAAGGAAUAGUUACCAAAUAUUUUUGGGCCUCCUCUUUCUCUCUAUAGGCUGUAGGUUGAAGCUGAAAGACCAGGUACAACAGCAGCAUCUUGACAUGGAUUUCUGUGACAAUCAUAAUGUGAGGGGUGGGGAAGGAAAAAGGUAGGAUGAUAGAUGGGCUUCUUUCUAGAAAUCUUCAUGCUUGAAAAGACCAGAGUCAUGAAGCUGUGAGCAGAAACAAAUACCUGAAUUGUCUCUUUGCAAGGAGAAAGGGAACUAGAUUUGCAGUUUGCAUCUUAAGUCCUCUGUCUGAGCUCUCAGAGAAUACCACUCAGAGUUCUGCAAAUAUCACCCUUUUUGGCCCUGCUAGAGUCAACAUUUCUCUUCCAACACAUUGCCCCCGAUAGACACAGUAUAGUUCUUCUAGUUUACUGAAGACAGGCUGAAAUUUUCCAAAAGGAUUUAAAUUAGGAAACAAUUUUUUAAAGUAAAUAGGAAAAUCCAGAGAAAUUUAAAGUCCUUGUUAAUCAUGUUCUAAUUGCCUAGCUGUAUCCAAGAGUCUCCCUGUCAAUUUCUUAGACUUUUCACUGACCUGGGGUCGUGAUCACAGUAACCCUUUUGGGGGACUAAGAGGAGGCCAGUGUGAUUAAUACCCAUAAAAUUGGAUGAUUUUUGAUAUUUUCACGUUAUGUCAGAUGCUAUUAACCAAAAGGAAUUGCCCAACCGAAUGGACCAUUCUCUAAAUAUCAGGGUAAAAUUCUGGGGCAUUGUAUAGAAGAUCUUCCCACACGACAAAGUCAGCAAAGGCAACCCUUAUUUGGAUCAUGUGACUUCCCAAAACAUGAGUCAUCACCAGCACAAUAAAUGGGGAGGGCUUUUCCAAAGUUGGGGUGGUGUGAAGAGAAUUUUGGCUGCGUGCUUCUAGGCAGGGAAGGCAAAAUAGGUUUGAUAAUAUGGGAGGAAACAGCUGACUACCUCCUGGCCCUAAUAUACCUGCCUUUGUGUUCACACACUGCCCUGGCUAUCCCAGAUCAUGAAAGGCCCUCACACAGUUCAAUUCAUACUGGAACUCAACAUGGCAGUGCCCAUUUGGGAGACUCUUAGGACCAAUGGGAAUAAAUUUCACAAUUUUGCUUCAUGAUUCUGGCUCAGAGGUGACUGUGAGUUGGCAAAAGCCAAGAAGCUCACCUUCAUUAUGGUAUUAAUUCCUUCAGCAAGUAAUUAUGAAUAACCUAUAUGUACCAGGUACUAUUCUUGGCAUUGAAAAUGCCCAGUGAAGAAGCAAACAAAGACCCUGCCCUCCUCAAAAUAACAUUAAAUAAAAAUUUUCUGAAAGCAAUAAAUGUGAUGAAAACAAUUAAAAUGAUGCCAUACUAUGUACUAUGGGCAUCAGGAGAGGAACGCACAGAUGACAUUCAAGUUAGAGGAGGCACUGAGUUUUCCUCUGGACAUAAGUAACGCAUGGAGUACCCAAUUGUGGAACCUGCCACCAUACUGCACAGCAUUGCACUGCACAGGCUAAUAGCAGGCUGGAUAAGACAAGACAAAACGUUUGACACAUGGUAGGAGAUGGCUCAUCAUCUGGAAAGCAACAUCAACAUCCUUAGCUGGCCAUGCUUACCCAUUCCUGCUGCCGAUUUUGUCCCUUCUUUCGCAAACUCACACUGAAAAAACACAAGAGGAACUAGGGAACUCCAUAGAGACAUUUUGCCUCAAGAAAGCAGCCAAAAGCAGUUUCUGUGAAAAGUUUUUCCAGAGAGACUCAGCCCAGCCAUGAGAAAUUCCUAUUUGCCAGUAACCCUAAACCCAUGCUAGAUCAUGCAAGUAUGAUUUAGGUUUAGACCAUAAGACCAGCCAAACUCUGAGCCAACCAAUACUUACUGACCUUCCCUCUAUAAUUCUACCUCUAGCCAGGUAACUUGCCAGUGAAUCCCAGGCACUGUUUUUGUUUGUCCUAUAAUAAAGCAGCCAUCCAGCUCUCCCUCCGUUUCCCCAUAUAUCAAGCAAUGGGGGAAUGAGGACUCCAGCCCUAACUGGCCUACAUGUAGAUGAGGUGAAGAUGGGAAGAGGUGAUAGGUGGCAGGAAACCUGGAGAUGUCAGAGCAUCUUACGGAAGACCUAUUGAUCCACUCUGAUGAUCCCAGGUAAAACUUGCCUCAAAUUAUAGUUAACAAAGUAGGAUCAUUAAUUCCUCCCAUAUGCAACUUUACAAAGAAAAAGAGAUGCCAGAAUAACCAGAAUUGAGUUGUUCUGUUUUUUUAGGACUUCUCUUCCAGGUCUUCCUUUGAGCUUUGGGUUUUGUUCCAUACAGUGUCCGCAUCUUUGAUGAGAACCUCUAGCUGAUGAAGAUCCAAACUGUAGUCUGUGGGUGGAUUUUUGAGCACCCCUUCAAAACCUUGAUUGCACCAAUGAGUGUGGGAUGGGCAGUGGUCAGCCUCUUUUAUCAAUCAGUGAUUUGAUUCCACCACAUGGCUGUUGCACCUUCUGGAAGCAGAGGAGCUGUGCAACAUUCCUCCUUUCCAAAGGAGACCUCCUUGCCACAGGGAGGGUUAUUGAGUGUAUUUUUCUCUAGGACAUUCUAGCUAAUAACUAAUUCUAUAACAUGCAUGGUAAGAAGUAGUUGCCUAUUUAAUCUCAAAGUUAAAGAAAACACGCACACACACACACAGAACCACACUCCACUUCAUGGCAAUCCUUAAAGAAAUUAAAUAAUUUAUAUUCUUUCUUAGAAAAUAUUCACCAAGUUUUCUAUCUUAAAACCUAUGUGCAAUGCAGCUGCUAAAAUUGUCAGCACAGGGCUCUUUCUGACUCUGCUAAUGAGAUGUCACUAGCCUUCCAAUUACUGGCAUGUCUUGGUCAUAUUUUCCUCUUCUUAUGCUGUGUUAAUGUGUUUGCUUUCCAUUUGGCAGAGAGACAAGCGAGACACCUCCAACUUCGACAAAGAGUUCACCAGACAGCCUGUGGAACUGACUCCCACUGAUAAACUCUUCAUCAUGAACUUGGACCAAAAUGAAUUUGCUGGCUUCUCUUAUACUAACCCAGAGUUUGUCAUUAAUGUGUAGGUGAAUGCAAAUUCCUUUGUUGAUCCUGGGGUCUGAGACCUCAGGCCUAGUGUAUGUAUCAGUUCUAGUCUUCCAGGGUUCAUGGUGCAUAUGCUGGCAUUCCACUGUGGAGAGCUUGUCUUAGAGGGCUUUUCUUUGUAUGUGUAGCUUGCUAGUUUGUUUUCUACAUUUGAAAAUGUUUAGUUUAGAAUAAGUGCAUUAUCCAACUGUAGAGGUAAAAAUUCUCAAAAUUCCAGAAACUCAUCAAUCUUCCAGAAACUCAGACAAUAUCAAAAAUACUGUGUCUGAUACCAAAAUGCUUCAGCAUUUGUAAUUUUUAAAGUCAGAAGCUGAUGUUCCUGGUAAAAGUUUUUACAGUUAUUCUCUAAUAUCUUCUUUGAAUGCUAAGCAUGACUGGUAUUUUUAAAAGUUGUGAGUAAGCUUUGCAGUUACUGUGAACUAUUGUCUCUUGGAGAAAAAAAUUUUUGUUUAAGAAUUGAUAUGAUUAAACUGAAUUAAUAUAUGCAAA